AUGCCAAAAAUAGAAGCUAUAAUAGCACCUUCAGUACUUGCUUCUAAUAUUAGCAAGCUUGCUGAAGAAACUAAAAGAAUGGAAGAUUUGGGAGCAGAAUGGAUACAUUUAGAUGUUAUGGAUAUGCACUUUGUUCCGAAUUUGUCAUUUGGCCCUCCUGUUAUUAAUAAUUUAAAAAAAUUUACAAAUAAUAUAUUUUUUGAUAUACAUUUAAUGGUAGAAAAUCCAGAAAAAUAUGUUAGUUUAUUGAAAACUUCUAAUCAAUUAACAUUUCAUUUUGAAGCCUUAAAUGAAGAUAUUGAAAAGUGUAUAGAACUAGCGAAAAUAAUUAAAAGCAAUAAUAUGUGGUGCGGAAUUUCUCUUAAACCAAAAACAAGUGUAGAAAAACUCGUUCCAAUAAUAGAUACUAAUUUAAUAGAUACUGUUUUAGUUAUGACAGUAGAACCUGGAUUUGGGGGUCAGUCGUUUAUGCAUGAUAUGAUGAGUAAAGUUUCUUUUCUUAGAAAAAAAUAUAAAAAUUUAAAUAUUCAAGUUGAUGGGGGAUUAAAUAUAGAGACUACUGAAAUAUCUGCAUCUCAUGGGGCCAAUAUUAUUGUUGCUGGUACUAGCAUUUUUAAUGCGGAAGACCCCAAAUUUGUUAUUAAUACUAUGAGAAAAUCAAUACAAAAAUAUUUACAAAAUUAG